CCCCGAGAGCAGCACCCCCCGCUGCUUGACUGCAACACAGAGAGCGAUUUGUAGAGAGAGAAACACUAAGAGAGGGAGAUUAGGUUUUUUGUUUUGAACUGAAAGAGGAGAUAUAUUAGGAGGAAGAGAAGUUAGAAUAGGUUCCUCUUCUCUCCCCUUGCUUAUUUUAUCCUUAGAGAGCUUACAUGCUAAUGCAAAUGUUAGAGAGUGAAACCUAUUAGUUUGUGAAGAGAAUGGAGGGGAGUUGCAGAGGGUUAGCGGGAAGCAUUCAUCUUAGGUUUAAGAGGUUUUCUGUUCCUCUUCCUAUCAACAUUGGGUUCAGAAAGAGGGCUCGCCUGGAUCUGUGUGGCGUUAUCAUUUGCUCUUCAUUGGAAGCUAAGUAUCCAAAGCUCUCCAGCCAUGGUGAGACAGGAGAGGAGAGGGGCUUCGAAGCUUCUUCGAAGAACUCGAAGAGCCCUCGAAGUGUGAGAAUCCACGCUAUGCCGGCCCAGCCCUUCACUUCUGCAAGGCCGAGGGGUGCCCCAAAGCAAGAAGAGUUUUGUCCCCGCUGUAGUCCGAAGAACUCUGCUCCACAGUCUCGUGAUACUCCUCCCAAAAGAGACACUGGAAUCGCUAGUGAGAAGGAUUGGGGAAUCAAUUUGUUGAAUGGAAAUGUCAAUGAGACGGGUAUUAAUGAAGAUGGCAGUACAUGGUAUCGUCAAAGUGGGGAAGACCUUGGAGAAAAUGGUUAUAGAUGUCGCUGGGCUAUAAUGGGUGGUCGUAGUCAUGAUGGUUCUUCAGAAUGGAGAGAAACGUGGUGGGAGAAGAGUGAUUGGACAGGCUACAAGGAGCUUGGUGUUGAAAAAUCGGGAAAAAAUGUUGAAGGUGAUUCAUGGUGGGAAACGUGGCAAGAAGUUCUUCACCAAGACGAAUGGAGUAACUUGGCAAGGAUAGAGAGAAGUGCUCAAAAGCAAGCCAAAUCAGGCACUGGAAAUGCUGGAUGGUAUGAAAAAUGGUGGGAGAAAUAUAAUGCAAAAGGUUGGACAGAGAAAGGAGCUCACAAGUAUGGUAGAUUAAAUGAGCAAUCUUGGUGGGAGAAGUGGGGAGAGCAAUAUGAUGGGAGUGGCUCUGUCCUCAAAUGGACUGAUAAAUGGGCUGAAACAGAACUUGGGACCAAGUGGGGUGACAAGUGGGAAGAGAAGUUCUUCUCUGGAAUUGGUGCCCGACAAGGGGAGACAUGGCAUGUAUCUCCCAGUGGCGAUCGUUGGUCGAGGACUUGGGGUGAAGAACAUUUUGGAAAUGGGAAAGUCCAUAAGUAUGGGAGAAGCACGACAGGAGAAAGCUGGGAUAUCGUUGUUGAUGAAGAAACCCACUACGAGGCUGAGCCUCAUUAUGGAUGGGCUGAUGCUGUGGGUGAUUCGACCCAAUUGUUGUCCAUCCAGCCCCGUGAAAGACCCCCUGGUGUUUACCCAACUAUGGACUUUGGAUCAACUCCCCAAGAACAGCAGCCACCAGAAAACCCUCAUCCACCUACAUGAUAUGGUUCUUUUUUCCAUUUUGAGUAUCUGAAAACAUUUAUUUAUUCUAUUGGACAAUGAGCUUCGUUCUGGUAAAAUUCAAUUUGUUGUGAACUGCGAACCAUGUUACUCUUUCAAUUAAUUCAUUUUUUCUAUGUGCACUUCCCCAGUGGUUAUUGGUUAUGUAACUUGGACACACAUUUUAUUUUUUUGUUUUGGUAGCAGACAUUCUUGUCGACACACCCAAAACACAUCGGAUACGUAUGUUACUAUCGGGGCAUUGCCAAACCCAUUUUUUGUGCAUGUAUCGGCACCAUGAUGACUUGGGCACACUUGUUGACGCGCCAAAAACAUGUUGGUAGCCAUGUUAACUACAGGAACCAUGAUGACUCGGCACACUUAUUGACACGGCAAAAACAUGUUGGUACUACAGGAACAUAUAUUGAGAAUUUAGACAUGGGAGUUCAAGGAUAGGAAGUGCGAACCCUCAACUGAUACUCUUGGAAAUAGCACAAUCCCAAUCUUUGCUCAACAGUGCAUGAAUACUUACGAACCGUGAUACUCAGCAGUGUGAAGAAAAUCAAGAGAGGAAACAGAUGUUAAUCUUGGUCUUUUCCCAUCCCUUUCCAUUAUUUAUUGUGUUGGCCUUUCGACAUCGACUUGUUACUCCCAUUCCAGCUCGAGAUGGUAAGGAACAGCGGGGCACGGGAUCUCUCUCUCUCUCUCUCUCUCUUUGAACAUUACCAAAGAAUUUUCAUUAAAAGAAAAUAAGUUACAAGAUACAGACUCAUUGGAAGGAAAUAAUCACCAACGAAGAUUGGUGUAUUUCUUCUUUA